CAUAUCUAAUCAGCACGAUCAGGCGAGUAUUGCCGGGUGUGCCUGUUAAUAAUCAAAGUAGAAGAAUUAUAUAAUACGCAGUUCGCGAUCACGCACAAGUGCGAUCAUUCGGUGAUUUAAACGAUUAUAUUGCAGAUUCAAGAUAAUAAAUCAAAUAUCUUAAUAUGGCAAAUCAAAUUAAGGUAGGAAUAAUAAGUGGCUCAGGUCUGGGUGAUUGUCUGCACAAAACAUUCAAUUGUAAUAAUACUGUAAGUCGUGAGAAUGCAAAAAAUGAUUUUGGAUAUCCCUCUAGUGAUCUUUAUUAUGGAUGCAUUGAUGGAAUAAAUAUAGUGUUGUUAUCCAGACAUGGUGAGGGACAUAAGAUAAAUCCUACUGGGGUUAAUUACCGUGCUAAUAUAGAAGCAUUGCGACUUGCCGGAUGUACUCAUGUAUUGGCAUCUACUGCAUGUGGAUCAUUGACAGAAUCUAUCAGUAGAGGACAAUUAGUUGUACCUGAUAGCUUCAUAGACAGAACUUUUGCUAGAAAACCUACACUCUAUGAUGGAACAUCUGUCAAAUACAGCGGAGUAUGCCAUGUACCAAUGGAACCUGCAUUUGAUCCACGAACAUCUGAAAUCUUAAUACAAGCUGCAAAAAAAUUAGGAUAUAAUAUAAGGAAAGGUGGGACAAUAGUAACCAUUGAAGGACCACGUUUUUCCUCUAAAGCAGAAAGUAAUGCUCUACGUCUCUGGGGUGGACAUUUAGUUAGCAUGACUAUAUGUCCAGAGGUAUUCUUAGCGAAAGAAGCAGGUCUCUUGUAUGCAGCUGUAGCAAUGGCAACUGAUUACGAUUGUUGGAGAGAUUGUGAAGAUAAUGUUAAUGCAGCUGAUGUCCUAGUUGUAUUCAAACAAAAUGUUGAUAAAAUAACAAAUGUAUUACUAGAAACAGUAAAAAUUAUUGGUUCUGGAGAAUGGAAGCAGGAUAUUCUUAAAUUGAAGGUAAUAUUUAUUUUAUUGGAUAGUAUUUAUAAAUUAUAAAAUAUAUAGAAAUAUUAUAUAUAUAUAU